CCAAUGAGAAGUUAGUUUUAGGGUGAAGGGACUACAAAUAAGAUUAGAAACAAAAGUUGAUAAUUUUGAAAUUUAUUACCUCCGUCUUUGGUGGGGCUCAUAGAGAAUCAUGUGGGCAUCGGCUUGGUUGCUCGGGACCAUGAUGGAUGCUUCGUUGCAGCAAAAAGUAUCAAGUAUAGAGGAAGUUGUGGUCCUCGGGAAGCAGAGGCCAUCACAUAGAAGGAGGCUCGCAGAUGGAUUAAAGCUAAAGAGUUUAUACAUAGAUUGCGAGGAGGAAGAAGAUGAAUAUGGAUGUUACUUAUCCGAUGAGAAUGGUGAAAAGCAGAGUAAAAUGCAGCCCAAUUCAACUAGCAAUGCAUGGCCUCAAACUUACAGGGAAUCUAUUGAUGUGUACAGUAGUCUACACUCUCCAAGUGUAGACUUUGUUGAGAAACCAAGUUUGGGCAGCUUCUUGCCACCACAAGAUGAUGAGGAGAAACAGAUCUUGCCCACACUGCAUAAACCACUCUUGCCACCACAAGAAGAUGAGGAGAAACAAAGACAAAGUUCCUUUGCCCAAACAGUCCUAAAUGGCAUUAAUGUUUUGUGUGGAGUAGGGAUCCUUUCUACUCCUUAUGCUGUGAGACAGGGUGGUUGGGUUGGGCUUUCUGUAUUGUUUUUCUAUGCUCUUCUUUCGUUCUACACCGGGAUUCUUCUGCGUCGCUGUUUAGACAGCCAGCCGGGGCUCCAGACAUAUCCUGAUAUCGGGCACGCCGCGUUUGGUUCAGCUGGACGGGCUGUCAUUUCUGUUACUUUGUGUGUUGAAUUAUAUGUAAGUUGUAUUGAGUAUAUUAUUCUGGAAGCCGAUAACUUGUCGUCUCUAUUUCCAAAUGCACAUUUGAGUUUGGGAGGAUUACAUUUGGAUGCCCACCAUCUGUUUGCACUAAUUGCGACCCUGACUGUUCUUCCCACAACCUGGCUGCGCGACCUCAGUGUUCUCAGCUAUUUAUCAGCUGGAGGAGUUAUUGCAUCUCUAACCGUUGUUGCUUCCUUGUAUUGGGUUGGUUUGGUCAAUCACGUUGGGUUCGAAAGCAAAGAGACCACAUUGAAUCUGUCCACUCUUCCCGUGGCAGUUGGUCUCUAUGGUUAUUGUUACUCGGGUCAUGCUGUGUUUCCCAGCAUAUACACAUCAAUGCAGAAGCGUAACCAAUUCCCUGCAGUCCUCCUAACCAGCUUUGGGAUAGUUACUUUGAUGUAUGGUGGAGUGGCUGUGAUGGGAUAUAAGAUGUUUGGAGAUUGCGCAGAGUCACAGUUCACUCUAAACAUGCCGAAAGAAUUGGUCGCCUCAAAAAUUGCAGUGUGGACAACGGUUGUCAAUCCGCUGACAAAGUAUGCAUUGGUGAUGGCUCCCGUGGCAUUGAGUCUUGAGGAACUGUUACCCUCCUCGGGCAAAGUCAAGUCUCGGGUCUAUUCGAUCCUCAUCAGGACAGCUUUGGUCAUAUCUUCCUUGGUUUUCGGUCUCUUGAUACCUUUCUUUGGUCUCGUGAUGGCGUUUAUCGGAUCAUUCCUCACGAUGCUAGUUAUGCUAAUAUUUCCGUGUGCAUGCUACCUAAGUAUAUUGAGGGGGAAACUAAGCUACAUUCAGGGAGGAGCUUGUGUAUUGGUGAUGGUAGCAGGUGUGGUUUCAUCAUCUUUUGGAACAUAUUCAGCCAUUUCUCAGAUUGCUCAGAAUCUCUCUGGUUAAGCACUCUGGUUUAUCACUGUUAAACUCUGCUUAUGACUUAUGAGCAAAAUAAUAAAUAAUGGACAUGAUGUAUG